AUGCACGGCCACCGCGACAUCGUGACGUGGCUCCUCGGCUCGCCCGCCUCCGCCGAGCCCGGCGGAAGCCUCGGGCUCGAGGUCGACGCCAAGGACGCCCAAGGCCGCGCCGCCAUCCACUACGCGGCUGAGGGAGGCAACCUCGCCGCGCUGAAGCUGCUUCUCGAGUACCGGGCCGACAUCAACGCCAAGGAGAUCACCACCGGCAGCACCGCCCUCCACAUCGCCAGCGGGGCGGGGUACAAGGACAUGGUGCAGUUCUUGCUGGAAAACAAGGCGGACGUGGACGCGCAGGACAAGUCGGCGCGCACGCCGGCCAAGGUAGCGCACGAUUUCAAGCGGAGGGACAUCACCGACCUCCUCAUCCAGCACGGUUCCAAGCGGCCCGCGGACCUCACCACCGAAAUGUUCAAGAAGGCCAUGAAAAAUCACGAUCUGGAGAGCGCCAUGUCGGCCGUCGAGGAAGCCGAACGCACCGAGGCGGAGGACGAGCACGUGCGCAUGAUGGCCAAGCGCGGCACCUUCGGGCCCCUCUCCUCCAAACCCUGA